GCUGCACGGCUCCUGUUGGACAGCUUCUCUGUGCGACAAAUUUGCGAGGCCUUGGCAUCGGCCACGUCAGAUGAUGUGGAGCCCCUUGUACUGGCUUUGGAAGGCCUUACCGAAUUUGACGAGGUCCGACCCAUGUUUCUCGAAGCGGACGUCAACGCCUUCUUGCAACAGGGAGCAACUGCGGCAGAUCCUCGUUUACGCUCCAUGGUGGCGAAGUUGGUGUGUCGGCUUGCCACUCACGGGGAAGCAACGCUGGAAAGACUGCUGGAGGCAAAUAUGCUGAAUCUGUGUGAGCCGUUGCUUCUGGAUGAGGAUACUGGUGUAGCAGAAGCUGCUGCACGAGCAGUUUGUGCAGCUGCGAAGUUUCCUGCCGGGCGGCAAGCUGUCAUCGGUGGUGGGUUUGCAGGUUCCAGCCUGCUGGAGUCCUUCCAGUCACGGCUGCCUGAGCUGUCGGAUGUGCAGCGGAUUCGCGUCCUUGCAUUGUUUGUGGAGCUGGGCCGCGUUGCCGACGAGGCGUUUGCUGCGCUGGAAUCCCGCAAGGCGCUGGACCAGGUCCUCCAUUCUUUCUUGACGGACGACUUGCUCCUGAAGCUUAACGCUGUGGAACUUAUGGAUGCGCUGGGGUCCUACGAGCGCGGGCAGGAUUUUUUGGCCAGGGCCAAUGUGCCGGACAAGUUGGCGAAGGAUUUAGCAGAUCCGUAUUGUGAUCCUUCGGUGAGACUCUGCGUGACACGCCUGCUUGGGUUUAUCGCAGGACGAAGCGCUGCAUCGGCAAAACUUCUUCUCAGUAGUCACGAGGCACCGUUUCCACAGUCGAUUGCUGGCAUGCUCGACAGCCGAGACGUUUCGGAGAGGCUUUGUGCCAUCAAUGCUUGGGCUACCGCUUCGCUGCAGUCUGAGGGCCUCAGCUUCUUCCUGAGGUGGACGCCGUUGCUGCAGGAGAUGGUGUCACUCGUCAGCGCAACGCAGAAUGAAGUGGCCAAGGCGGCCAUGGAUGCCUGGGCCGCGAUUCUGCAGGAUCGACCGCCUGUCACUGAUAGCAUUGAUGAGGCUCGGCUUCCGGUACCGGGAGAGGCAUCAGUAUCAGCUUCACCCAGCUCGGGCCGCGUGGAACUCCUCAGAGAGCUUCGUAGCUUCUUGGCCUGA